UGAACAAUGAGCAUGCGGCAAUAAAUUUGGCUGGAAAGAGACUUGUGAUCACGAGUGCGGCUGUACGAGAUAAGCCACGGAGGCGCCUGCGUCCUGAAGGACCUCUUAGGCCUCCGGACCACUGACGUCUGGUCGACGGGACUCAGUCAUGCCGAACCCACGCCUCGUGUCCUUCUUCAUCUCCCUGUCAGUCACGUGCUGCUGCUGCAACCCGCACGCCCGACCCCUUCCCGAGGGCCACAUCGCCCGAGCCGCUGUCCUGCACUCCACGGGUAAUUCGAGCCACGUGGUCCAGCGACGGUCCAUCGCAUCAGCCUCUCCAGCCGCCCUCAGCAAAAACAUCUCAUUGGUGUUGGAGAAUCUGCUCAAGAACUAUGAAAGCAGUCAACUUCCAACGCACCGGAAAGGCGAGCCAACGAUUGUGAAAACCAACAUUUUGAUCCGCAGCAUGGGCCCUGUUUCUGAGCUUGAUAUGGAGUACUCGAUGGACUGCUACUUCCGGCAGUAUUGGCGAGACCCGCGUCUCAGUUUCCAGGGUCCCAUCCAGAGUCUGAGCCUCAAUAUCAAGAUGCUGGAACGCAUCUGGCGGCCAGACACUUAUUUCUACAAUGGAAAGAAUUCGUAUGUGCACACCAUCACUGUUCCCAACAAACUGCUGCGGCUCUCUCAGAAUGGUGACAUUCUUUAUUCAAUGAGGCUCACAGUUAAGGCUAAGUGCCCCAUGGAGCUUCGAAAUUUCCCCAUGGACCGUCAGUCAUGCCCGCUGAUCUUGGGAAGCUACGCUUACACUACAAAGCAACUGCAGUACCAGUGGAAAUCCGGCGCGAGUGUGAGUUUUGAGCCCGGACUGUCCCUUUCGCAAUUCGACCUGAUGGGCAGUCCUCAAAGGAAUUCCACUUAUCGACGCAGGGAAGGUGUAUUUAGUGUGCUGCAGGUUAACUUUAAUCUCCAGAGGCACACUGGGUACUUCCUGAUUCAAGUGUACGUGCCAUGCAUUUUGAUCGUGGUGCUCAGUUGGGUCUCGUUUUGGAUCCACCGUGAGGCAACAAGUGACAGAGUUGGUCUAGGAAUCACCACCGUGCUGACCUUAUCCACAAUCAGCCUAGACAGUCGGAAAGACUUGCCCAAAGUGAAAUACGCCACGGCCCUUGACUGGUUCCUGCUAAUGAGCUUUUUCUACUGCAUCGCGACUUUACUUGAAUUCGCCGGCGUCCAUUAUUUCACAAAAGUGGGAUACGGUGAAAUUCCUGUGGACGAGGAAGAAUGGGACGACAUUGAAGGCCCGAGGAUCGAUGACGCGGUGAUUGUGAUGGGGUCCGUUGGCAUGUUGGAGCAGAGGCGACGCGGAUCACUCAUUUGUCCUAUUUACAAGGAUGGUCCACCGCAAAAUGAUACGCCGAAAAGAAGCACCAUGGAGCGCCAGACACAGACCGAGCGUCGCAUUCCGGGUUGGAGACAAGUUCUGUUUUGUCUGACAGGAAAUGACAAAUUUCGUCGGAUGCGUCAAAGGGCGGCUGGGCAGCAGGGGCCAGGAAUCAUGAACAGCGUUUCAAAGAUUGACCAAUUUGCGCGUGUAAUGUUUCCAGCGUCGUUUUUCUUCCUCAACUUCUUGUACUGGCUCGGUUACGUUGCCCUGGCUGACGAGUUCAAGUGGCGAGAGCCACCUCCAUCCAUUAUUGUAGCCAAUCAAAAUUAAUUUGUAAUAACUGCACCUUUGAUAAAUUGAGUUUGAUUGAAAUCGAGCUUAAAUAUUUAAAAAAAAUAGCGUAAUAUUAAGUACGCUUUGAUGUUGAAUACAAUUUUUUAUAUUAAAUUUUCAAACAAGAUAACUAACUUUAUUGUACAAAAUUAGCAAAUUAUAAAUGUACAGAUUUUGGUAAAUAUUAAUUGUUCAUUUAUUAAUUGAAAUGAAUAAAGAAAUGCAAGUGUUGGUGUUGAAUUAUUGUUCAUUUUUAUUCACCCAACUAUCUCAUUGUUACAAUUAAGUGUUGAUGAGACACGUGUACGAUGAACGCGAGAUUGGAAUCCAGAGUUAUCAGCAAUGGAAAACAGGA